AUGGAACCCGCUUUGGGAGCGCCCUUCGGCGGCGAUGCCGCACCUGCCGCCAAGGACGACCCCAACCUCCGGAAGCGCGUCGAGACCCUCUUCCACGACUUUGCAAACGGCUCAGAGGUGGUCAAGGUGCGCGACCUCCCCAACAUGUUUGAAACAUUCCAGCGCAUCCAAGGCCAACCCUUCCUCCAGCCUCAGGACCACGCCAACUUUCUCGUUUUUGCCGGCGAGAACCCCGACAUCCCCGUCCAUGCCGAAGACCUCGUCUCGCUCGUUCUCAAACACGAGGCCGCGCGCAGCCCGCUGCACAGCCCAGCCAUGGAGCAGCGGCCCGACACCGACAACGACACCUCGUCCGAUGAGGAUGCCGCACCGGGCACCGUAUUCAAGGGCAGGGCCACCGGCAGCCCCUCGUUCUCCCGUCCGCCGCCUCCGCGGCUGAGGGGCCGGCACAGCAGCGCGGGGGAGCGCAGCUCGAACCGCAGCCCGAGGGUCAGCGACGCCGCCUACGUCGGUUCGCCCCUCGCGCGCACCAAAGAGUCCCUGACACCCCCGCCCUCUGUCGACAUAGACGCUGUCCAGCGCGACCUGCUCGAGUCGCAGCGGCGGAUCGCCCAGCUCGAAGAGGAGCUUGCCGAGCAGGCACAGAACCUGGAUCUGCUGCGGCGGCAGCUUCGCGACGAGGAAGGCAGGAUGAGCGGCCUCGAGCGGCAGCUCGAGGACCGCGCCUCGACCAUCGACAAGCUCAACGAGCAGCUCGCCGACCGCGAGCAGAAGCUCGAAAAGGUGCACGGCCUCGAGGACAACUACGAGACGCGCAUGUACGAGCUGCAGGAGCACAGCGACGAGCUCGCUUCCCAGCUCAAGGAGGCCGCCAAGGAGAACAAGGAGCUGCGCAUCAAGUCGCAGUCGCGGCAGACGUAUAUCGAGCGGCUCGAGUCGGAAAUGAGCGAGCUCCAGAAGAAGCGCCAGGAGGACGAAGCGGCGUACCGCAAGCUGCGCAACGACCACGACGGCCUCCGCAAGGACCACAACAGGCUGCAAAAGGAGCGCGAGGACCAGUGCGACACGACCGAGCGGAUCCGCCAGCAGCUGAUCAAGGAGACGGAGCGCGUGGAGCGCAAGCAGGAGGAGGUCGACCGGCUGGCAUUCCAGGUCCAGGAAAAGGAGGCCGACAUGCAGCGCGCGGACCGCAGGAUCGCCGAGCUCGAGGGCCAGCUGGAGCCGCUCGAAGAGGCGCUCGCAGGAUCCCGCUCGACGAACUCGGACCUUCAGAAUAUGAUCGAGAUGCUGCGCGAGGGCGACACCGACACCGAGAGCCUCGUCGGCAAGCACCGCCGCCUGGGGUCCGAGAUGCACGAGGUGACCGGGAGAACGCCAUCGGAGGUCAGCGACGCGCGCUCGGAAGCGUCGUCGAUCCCUUCGGCCCCAGCGUCGGCAUCCGAGCACGACUCGGGCCUCGAUUCAGACGACGACGACAGCCAUUCUGCAGCGGUCACCGAGGCUGAAGGCGACGCCGGUUCCAUGAUCGACAUGAGCACAGGCUCGCCACCCCAGAGUGAUCGGCCAUCAACACCGACGCUCGCCGCAAAGCCAGAAGAGGCCCGCACGGUCGACAUGGACGACGAGAGGGGGGCAGCACCAGGACCACUGCGGGAUUCGCAGACCGACGAGUCAAAGGCGCUCUUGUCGGGAGCGGGACUAGAGGAGGAAGCGGCCGCGCCUGCAUCGACAACUACCCCUCCCCCUGCUGCAGCCUCAUCCGAGGCCGGCCUGGACGAGGAUUCCCAGACGACGCCCAAGAUGCUGGCCGCAUCCAGCUCUGACGACGUUGCGCCGAUCACACUAGACGCCCCGCCCUCGAAGCCCGCACAACGGCGGCCCGGCACGCUCCUGCCGUUUGCGAUCAAGCCCACGGCCCUGAUCGACCGCACUCGGGCGCUGCUGCGCGACCGCAAGGCAGCCUGGACGCGGAUCCCAGCACUGGACCGCUCGGUCCUCCGCCGCACCGAGCUGUACUUUGCCAUUUCGGCCGUUGUCGUCGGUAUCCUGCUCGGCGGUCUGCUAGCACCGCAGCUACACUGGUGCAGGCCCGGCUUCGCAUCGCCGUCGUCUUCAUCGGCGGCGCCGGCGGCGGCGGGGGCGACGGCGGGGCUGAGCAGGGAGGAGGUGUACGCGUUCCACACGGCCAACACCAUGUCGAUGCCGUACGCCUUUGCGCCCGACUUUGGCGAGUCGGGCCUCUUUUCGCCGACGCCGCCGCCGCGCGCCUGGUACGCCAGGGUGUUUGGGCUGGGCGGCGCACGGGGCGAGCCGGACUUCUUCAUACCGACCUAG